AGAAAAAACUGCAGUGUGUGAGUGUGUGUGGUUUGCAUCCCUCCCCUGAGCAGAUCUUUAUCAAUUUGACUUGAUUGGUGCCUCUGUGUGUGUGUGGAGUUUACAGCAGGAUAGAGCAAAGGUGUGUCCUCAAGGCUGUGUUAAGACCUAUUCUAUCUGAAAGUGGAAAUAAGACAGAGUAAAGGGACACUGAUUGUUUUCCUUUCUAUUCUCGAAGUGUGUUGGUGCCCGAGGAGAACGGCUCAGUGCCCAGUGGAGAGCAAGCCACUCACAAAAGGAUUUCCGGCUGUCAACAUUUUCACUGUGAAUACCGCCAGCCACUCUACACAAUUCAACAUUUGGCUGGACUUUGUGUGCAGCCUAAAUGACUAAGUGGAACUUGUUCAAGCACCAGACAACACCAAUGGUCGCUGCCAAGCCAACAGGGGCCAGUGCCUUGACUGUGACUCCUGCCCCUGUCGCUCUCGUCUCUGCAGACAACUCAACCGAGCCGGUCAACAAGAACGAUGCCUUCGAUGAGAUCAAAAACAAGUUUCUAAAUGAAAUUGAUAAGAUCCCAUUGCCGUCCUGGGCCAUCAUUGCCAUAGCUGUGGUCGCUGCUUUACUUAUUCUAACGUGCUGCUUCUGCAUCGUCAAGAAAUGCUGUUGCAAGAAGAAGAAGAACAAGAAGGGAAAGAAGGGGAAGGGUGACGUGGGGAUGAAGAACCUUAAAGGAGGAGAGAAACAACAGGAUGAUGACGACGAAGAAGACGAUGUGGAACCUGGAUUGACUGGAGACGAGAAAGAAGAAGAGGUGAAGGAGAAGGAGAAGCUUGGGAAGCUGCAGUAUUCCAUUGAUUACGACUUCCAGGAGAACAAGCUGACAGUGGGAAUCCUACAAGCAGCUGAUCUCCUCUCUAUGGACAGUGGUGGCACCUCUGACCCCUACGUCAAGGUCUUUGUUCUCCCAGACAAGAAGAAGAAGUAUGACACGAAGGUUCACAAGAAAACACUCAAUCCUGUCUUCAAUGAGACUUUUGUCUUCAAGAUCCCAUUCCAAGAGAUGGGAGGAAAGACUCUGGUUAUGUCGGUCUAUGACUUUGAUCGCUUCUCCAAACAUGAUGUCAUCGGUGAAAUUAAAACACCCAUGAACACCCUUGACCUGGCAAAGCCGAUCGAAGAGUGGCGAGACUUGGACAGUGCGGACCAAGAAGAGCCGGAGAAGCUGGGUGACAUUUGCAUCUCUCUGCGCUAUGUCCCCACUGCUGGCAAGCUCACAAUCUGCAUUCUGGAGGCAAAGAACCUGAAGAAAAUGGACGUGGGUGGUCUUUCAGAUCCCUAUGUGAAGAUUAACUUGCUGCAGAAUGGGAAGAGACUGAAGAAGAAGAAGACGACAGUGAAGAAGAACACAUUAAAUCCUUACUACAAUGAGUCCUUCAGCUUUGAGAUUCCUCUCGAGCAAAUGCAGAAAAUCCAAGCUGUAAUCACAGUGUUGGAUUACGACAAGAUCGGCAAGAACGAUGCCAUCGGUAAGAUCUGGGUAGGCAGCAAGUCCACCGGUGCAGGGCUGAAACACUGGUCCGACAUGUUGGCCAACCCACGACGUCCCAUCGCCCAGUGGCAUCCACUGCAGCCCGAGGAGGAGGUGGAUGGUGCCCUCGCGGCCCUGGCUGCUAAGAAGUAAACACCCCGCCCCACGCUGUCCCCCAACUACCCACACGUUUUCCCAUCAUUCCUGCAGGUCCCACAUGUCUAUGUAUAUUCCGUACCCAAAUGUACAUCUCGCCCACUGCCCUGCCAUCUUUCAAAAGAUCCAUACAUGAUGUCAAAUAGAGCUAAAAAAAAAAGCAUCAUGUUAUAUAAAAUCAUGUCAUUGAAAAAAAAAAGAAGACGACAAGUUACAGGAUGAACAGAUACUUUGUUGAUUUCCUUUAGAUCUAUUUUUGUAUUGAGGUUGUAGUUCUGUUACUGAGAGUGCAGCGUCGACUAGAAAAGAACAGUUAGAGCGCUAAACAGCAAUCUGGUGAAAAAGGGGAUUAAACAUCCAUUCAUUGAUAUUGUAACCCUCUACCCUUAGUGACACAGUCUGCUUAGAAUAGUGCUAAAUAAUAAAAUGCUUUAUACUGCCAUAUAAUAGAGGAAUAACACAAGCAGGUCCAUUCCUUGGGUGUUCAUGCACCGCGCUCCACACCUGCCACUUAUCUUACUCGACCAUUUUGUUAGUACAUUCCUAGAGUUGGGUAGCGAGUAGUGGUAGGCACAUAUCCAGUUACCCACAAGACACACUGCCUUUUCGAUUAGUUCACCUUUCGCCCAUCGUCUCAGGAAUACUGAGAGGAGACCCCACGCCUUUUGUUCUACAAGAGUUGUUUGGCUCAAAACAGAGUAGUUGGCCACAGAGGGCUUUUUUUUCCUUUUCUGUUUGAGGGAUGAAGGAGACUUUGUGUUAUUGUGUGUCCUUGACCGUGCGAAGCAUCAAAUCAAGGGAAUAUCUGACAGACUGACUCCAGCCAUCAAUGAUGUGAUAUUUUACACGGUGCCGGUGACCGCCUGCCGUCCACCACCACCUUUGUCCCAAUUGUUCAGUGCUACUGCCAUUAGUCAUGGACUCCACACACAAGUCUUACAGUCAUAAAGGAGACAAGCCUUCCAAGUAUCAGAAUAAGCAAUUCUCAACUACCAGGGACGCCUUCCGCUUCGUGGUGUUGUUCAUUUGUCACGUCCUUUCUAUCACAUGUUUUCCCUUGUUUUAUUCAAAACAAAUUUAUUCCUCAAGCACUUUAACUCAAAAUGUUCAAACAGAGCUUUAACGAUUGAUUUUACAAUAAUUAUUUAUGUGGCAAUUAAUGGAGUGUUUUUUUUUUUUUUUUACUUGUCUCAGAUUUUUGUGUGUUUUUCAGCGGAUUGCAACUGGUGAUUGCAACUGUAUCAAACAGUUAAAGUGAAUUGUACUAAUUGAGUUUUUGUUCUUAUUUUGGGGGCUGAAAUGUUUUUUGUGGCAUCAGUGCUGCUUUCUGGCUCUGUACUUGUUUAGUUCACUGUAAUAAUAAGAGACCAAAAUGUACAGUAUCAAUACUAAAUAUGGGUUAAUUGAUAAACAUCAACCCAUAGCAAAAACUACCAGUUGACUGAGUUUAAAGGAGAACUGCACGUUUUUUGGAAUUUUGCUGAUCGUUCACAAUCAUUAUGAGGGACAAGAAGACAUACAUAUUGUUUCUAGUGCGUUCUAACUCGUAAAUAAAAGUCUGCUUACAAUGGAGUCAAUGGAAGGUCCUCAUAAAUACCUGUAAAAAAACAUCCAAAAAAUGCCAGUAAAACUCCAUUUACAUAUCAUGACCUGAAUAUUAACCAAGUAUUAUUGUUUUUAUAAGCGCUAACGUAGACAAACUAUUUAUAGCGGCAACGUGAUCGCAGAGAGCUCACUAGCUUGUGCUGCUAUAUUGACAUCAUCGGCUGGUGAGCUGCUUUGUCGCAUCAGAGAUAGUAGAAGCUUAUUCUACAUCAUUAAUAUUGUCCCUCACCUUUAUAGUAGAAGGAUGAGGACAUAAUCCAACAAGUUGGUCAACUUUGGCAUCCAAUUAAAACUUGAUAAUGGCGAGAAAGACAUGAAAAGAUGGCCCUUUUUUUCUUCGUGAGGAUUAUUCUUCAUUUAAACAGGAAAUAUAUGAACAUCCUAACAGUCGGCAUCCCAGUGACAGCAGACAUUGUAAAGUAAGUGAUGUUUAAUUUUGUUUGUUGUCUCUCAUGAAGUCUGCAGUGAGUAAUAAUCAUUGGUAUUUUGAAAAAAAAAGCGAACGUAUGAAAUUAAUGUGCUGCCGUAUGCUUAAAAUGAUCAAAAUAUGUAAAUAUUAAAUGUUAUUAUGAAUGUGCCUGUUACUACAUUUCAUAUAUACUUACAUCAUGUAUACACAACCUUGAUAGAGGUGUUUGGAUGUUUUUUUAAGCGCUUCACAGGCUCCAUUGUAAGCAGAUUUUUGCUCGUAUUUAUUUCCGAGUUAGAAGGCAUAAAUAAAGAAAAACGUGUGUGCUUGUCUUACAUAAGGAUUGUGAAUGAUGGGCAAAAUUCCCCUAAAAGUGUAGUUCCCCUUUAAGUCAAUGUGAAUCAAAUGAUGUUUGGAAUUUGAACACGUUUCACUGAUUUCUUUCUUUGUGUGUGUGCGUGUGUGUGUGUUGACAACACUAAAAAAAAAAUAAGGCGACAUGGAAGCAAUCGAGCAACCCAUUAGUGUAGUUUUGCCUAUAUACAUAGUUCAUCCACGUUGAUACUGCAUGUUUAUACAAAAAUACUGUACAUAAGAGCAUGUUUUAGAGACGGAGCAAAAAUAUCUUGUGUACUUAAAUGGGUGUCAUUUGUCAUUUUAUUAACACAACAA